CCGACAGUGCGCGUCGCCGGCAAAUUUGCUCUCUCGUUCCCGUGGCCUAGCCGCAUUGUUGCUGUUGUUGUCAUUUUAGUUUUAUGAUAAAGACGCAGGCAAAUGGACAUGCACAGGCUGAUCAACGAGGUUAAGCAGCGGCCGGCCCUGUGGGACGCCAGUCAUCCGGAGCAUGCAAACCGCGUGGAGACGCUACGCCAAUGGCGCAGCGUGGCAGACGCGCUGGGCGUCAAAGUGGAACUGUGUCGCAGUAAGUGGAAGAACUUGCGCUGCAGCUAUCGCCGGCACCAGCAUCGCACCCAGCACCAACAACCGCAGGUAUCGCCAUCGCAUCAAUGGUCCUAUGCGGAGGCCAUGAGCUUUCUGGACGGGCGCCGGCUGCGCGCGGACAGCAGCAACAACGAGGACGACGAUUGUGAUCUGAGUCUGUCGGAGCCCAUGACAUUCAAGACGGAAUUGCCAUCGGAUGAAAUGGAGGCGGACAACGAUGAGCUGAUGCAGCAGUUCCAAAGUAUGGCCACGCCUCAAGCACUGCGCCGCCUCUCGCACAGCAUUUCGUUGGCAAGCGCCGCCGCCGAGGAGCAAGCGGUGCCACCAGAGAAUUCCAUGCCCACGGGCGGCACGCAGUCGGCCACGGCAGCCGCUGCGGCAAGCAGCUGCCAUUGCGCCAAGCGUGUGGACGAGCAGGUUACCUUUCUGGAGAGUCUGGAGCGCGAGGAGCAGCAGCUGAUACAGUCCACCAGUCAGGAUUUGGCGCGCUGCAAGAACAUCCUGCACGUGGGCGACUCCGAUUACAAUUUCCUCAUCAGCUUUUUGCCGCUGAUGAAGCAAAUGUCGCCGUUGCAGAACAUCACCUUUCGGGCCAAGAUGGGCGAGCUGCUGUUGCAGACGAUGCAACAGCCACAACAGCAGCAACAACAACAACAACAGGGACAGCCGCAAAAGCAGGAGGAGCAGCCGCAGCCAUCGCAAAUGUUGUUGAACCAGCAGCAGAUGGCCUUGGACCAGGCCCAACAAGUCAGCACUAGCUCUACAAAUUGGAAUUGAGAGCGCGGCUUUUCGCAGCGAAUUGAAGGAA